UGGAAGUGCGUUGUGGACUUUUUAGUCCUAGUCCUAGUAUCUUUCAUUACUUUUAAUUUUUGGAAUUUUUGUAUCUCAGCACAAAAUCUGCGCUAUUGUAAAAAGAUGCGCCGUUCUGUGUUCCGACUACAGAAAUUGAGGCCUCAAAGUGCGGUAAACUCAAAUGUCCUUGGACACCAAAUUGGGAUAUGCAGCUUCCACACAUCAUGUACACGCCAGAAAGUGCUUACUAUGGACACCAUGAAUCCAUUUGUCAAAAACAUGGAGUACGCUGUCCGAGGACCCAUUGUUAUAAGGGCAGGAGAAAUCGAGGCUGAGUUAAAAAGUGGUGUUGUAAAGGAUUUUAAGGAUGUUAUAAGGGCAAACAUUGGGGAUUGUCAUGCAACUGGUCAAAGGCCAUUAACUUUCCUCAGGCAGGUUGUAGCACUGUGUACAGACCCGGACCAUUUAAUGAGGAACCCCGAGUAUCCAGAGGAUGCCAAGGAGAGGGCUAGAAGAAUCUUAAAUGACUGUGGUGGACACAGUAUAGGUGCCUACAGUGAUAGUGCUGGUGUGAGGGUGAUCAGAGAAGACAUUGCUAAAUACAUCAAAGAGAGAGAUGGACAGCCUUCUAAUCCUGAUGACAUUUUCUUAUGUACAGGAGCAAGUGAUGGCAUAAAGACAAUAAUGAAACUGUUGAUGACUGGUAAAGAUGGAGCAGAGAGAGCAGGAGUUAUGAUACCUAUCCCCCAGUAUCCACUGUACACUGCCACAAUAGCAGAAUACAAUGCCUAUCCAAUCAGUUAUUACCUAGAUGAAGAUAAUGCUUGGUCUUUACAUGCAUCAGAACUCAGGAGAUCUCUAAAUGAGGCUCGUAAACACUGUAUACCAAGGGCUCUAGUCAUCAUCAACCCAGGCAAUCCUACUGGUCAAGUUUUAUCAAGAACAAAUAUUGAAGAAAUUAUCAAGUUUGCCAAGGAGGAGAAUCUCUUUUUAAUGGCGGAUGAGGUAUACCAGCACAAUGUCUAUGCAGAACAGUCUGAGUUCCACUCAUUUAAGAAAGUUCUGAUGGAAAUGGGGCCAGAAUACAAAGAUAUGGAGCUGGCCUCCUUCAUGUCCACCUCUAAAGGUUUCAUGGGAGAAUGUGGAUUCAGGGGAGGUUACUGUGAGGUUAUUAAUCUGGAGCCUCCUGUCAAGGCCAUGCAGGUCAAGUCCAUCUCAGCCAAACUCUGCUCCUCAGUGUCUGGCCAGGUUGCCAUGGAUGUAGUAGUGAACCCUCCAAAACCAGAAGAACCAUCUUACGAGCUUUUCAUGAAGGAGAAGAACCUAGUGUUGGGGCAGUUGAAGCAGAAGGCUGCACUGGUGGCAGAGACCUUCAACUCAAUGGAGAGGCUGUCUUGUAACCCAGUACAGGGGGCUAUGUAUGCCUUCCCUCAGAUCUACAUGCCAGAAGCUGCCAUUGAUGCUGCUAAGAAAAGGGGAAUAUCACCUGAUGCAUUGUACUGCUUUGAUUUGUUGGAAAGCACUGGGAUAUGUGUUGUUCCUGGAUCAGGUUUUGGACAGAAACCAGGAACCUAUCACUUUAGGACAACAAUACUUCCACCUGUUGACAAACUAAAAGAAAUGAUGGAACGUUUCAAGAAAUUCCAUAUUGGAUUUAUGCAGAAGUAUAAAUAAGAAUUACAAAAAAAGGAUUGUCGUGCGUGAUAUUAAUAAGGAUGUCUGUCAGUGAAAUAUCAAUGUCAGCUGCAAUGUUUGUCACAUUUGUGUAAAGAAAUCAUUUCAAAAUUUGUUAAUUUCUCUAGAUUUACAUGUGUCAUGCAGAGCAAGGUAUUUUUUCUGAAGAAAGUUAAAAUUAAUGUAUUGUUUUGUAGUAGUUUAUUGCUGUUGGUGUGAAAUCUAUGUGGAAUGUUUUUGAGAUCUGAUAUCUGGCAUAUUAACUGUUAUCUGGCAUAAAUAUCAGGGAUAAUGUGAAUCUCUGUGCAGAAAUUGAUUUUUUUUAUCAGAAAUUACAAAAGUUACCCCCAUGAUAUCAGUCUUUAUUUUUUUCUUUUGACUUUUCACAGUUUUUAUUCAAAUAUUAGUGCUGUUCGUAUUUUGUUUGAUACUAAUUUAUAUUGUUAAGUAAAACAUGUACUUACAUAUUUUUUAAAAGUAAUAUGUAAUGUGUAAAGUUGCUUUUUUUUUUAAUUGUACAUGUAUAUUUAUAUACUUGCCAAUAUGAUAAAGUAUAGUUAGCAUGAAAUGUAAAGACAAGAGUGGAUCAGGAAAAAACAUACCAAGUCUUUAAACAUGUUGAAAUAAUUUAAAGAGUGUUCAAUAAUCGUUAUUGCUUAGUAUUUCAGUUAAUUGUAACAAAAAAAAAGUCUGUGUAAUAUGAAGAUUUUGCAUAAUGUAUUUUUUAUCUUAACUGCAUAUUUUGUUGUGUGAAAUAAAAAAUAAUUAAAAAGGUUAUGUACACUAUCUACUAAAAAAAAUUGUAGAGAUUUUGUACAAGAACUGUUCAUCAUUUUAUUAUGUAUUUUUGUUGCUGCUUUUGAAGAUUGCAAAGCUCUCUUCACAAUUAAUAUAUCUAGUGAAUAUCCAUGUACAGUAAAACGCACUUAUAUGGUGAACACACUUGUAAUGAAUUGAUGCUCACAGUGAAGUGAUUUUCAUUCCCUCUGGCUGUAAAAUACAUUAUAAGCUUAUUAUUUAACGAAGUAUGUUUAUAAUGAAGCAAAUUCGUCCAUCCAUGGCACUUUGUUAUAAGUGUGUUUUACUGUAUAUUAAAUGUGCACAUAAUAUUUGCUUAGUUAUGUAUGGAUUUUGCUUGGUCUCACCAAAAUCAUUUUUAGCAUAUUUUUGUGGAAACCUCAAAUAAAUGCUGAUGAAUAUGA